UUUAACGCAUGCGCGAACCCUUUACGGUAUGUUAGGCUUUCAAUACGCCUGCGCGCGCAAAUCGGGUAGCGACACUCCCUGCAUUGUAGCGACAACUGGAAGAAAGGAAGACUGGUGGGGAUGAGGCAGGAGUUUCAACGAGGUUAGAAAGUUCUUCAUCGCCGACAAACGGAGGAGAGAGAGAAAAAUCUACCAUUUACUCUGUUUAAAUGGACGUGAAAGAGGAGACGUGCGAGGCCGAAAUGAAUAUGAUGGAGGAGAGGACUGCAAAUUUUGAAGAGGACUGUGAGUGGGAGAGUGUCGACCCUAGACAGGAGAGUCUGAGCAUUAAGGAAGAGGACUGUGAACUGGGAUCAGUGAGUAUUAUUAUUAAAGAGGAGUGUGUCAGCCCUGAGAUGCAGAACUAUAGCAGUAUGAAGAGUGUCAAGGAUGAUGACCUUCAUUAUGGACAUCAAGAUGGAGCAGUGACCGGGUUAGUCUCUUCUCAAAGCAGAUACUAUUCAUCUCUGGAGUCUUCUAUUAAUGUAAAAUAUGAAUCAUUACAGUAUGACACAAAGACGAUUGAAGAAAUUUCAUCUCCUAGAACUCAGGAAGGUCAGUCACCACCUAAGACAUCAUCUGAAACAAGAAUCCAACUUCACUGCUGUUCUGAAUGUGGCAAACAGUUUUUACUGAGACGGUAUCUUGAGCGCCACCAGAGAAUUCACACAGGAGGGAAGUCACAUUGCUGUUCUGAAUGUGGCAAAACGUUUUCAUGUAAAACCCAUCUUCAGAACCACCAAAUAAUUCACACAGGGGAGAAGCCGUAUGCCUGUUCUGAAUGUGGCAAAAAGUUUUCAUGGAAAAGCUAUCUUCAGAGACACCAAAUAGUUCACACAGGUGAGAAGCCGUAUGCCUGUUCUGAAUGUGGCAAAAAGUUUUCAUGGAAAAGCAAUCUUCAGAAACAUCAAAGAAUUCACUCAUUUCUGAAUGUGGAAAACAAUUCUCUUACCAUCGUUCUCUAAAGAGACAUAUUACAACUCACCCAGGAAAGAAGCUGUAUUGCUGUUCUGAUUGUAGCAAAAAGUUUUCAUAGAGAAACAAUCUUAAGAGCCACCCAAGAUUUCUCUUAGGAGAGAAGCCCUAUUGCUGCUUUGAAUGUGGUAAACAAUUCUGUCUCAGUAGUUAUCUUCAGAGACACUUUAGAACUCACCGAAGAUAGAAGCUGUAUUUCUGUUUUUGAACGUUGCAUAAAAGUUUUUACAAAGAAGCUUUCUUCAGUGACGUGGACUUUUUCACAUUAGAGAGAAAAGAAAUGCAGUAACACCCCAACCUUGUCCACAGAUGAACAAAGUACAAUAUGCUAAUCUGCCGCAGAAGAAAGAAUUCAUAAGGGUUGAUGAAAACCAAAAAAAAAACAAAUUGAGAAACCUACUAGUAAAUUGGUAAAUAUACCCUUUAGACCCAUCUUAACAAAUUACGAGCCCUCCUUAUACUCUGCAAAAAGAAGCCUUAGUAGGAACAAUGCAAGUUCUACACGGAGUCCUUGUGGGAAAAUGGAGAGGGAAAAGUUGAGCAGUACAAUGAGAUUAUCCUGACUAAAGAGUGAAGUUCACUCCUGUUUUGAGAGUAAGCACACCAAGAAAAUGAGGAAAACUGAAACCUGAGAGAAGCAGUGUAGCUGUUCUGAAUGUGGUAAAGAAUUCCGGCACAGAAAUACUCUUCUGACCCACUCUAAAGUACACAAAGGAGAGAAGAUUAAUGCGUGUUCUGAAUGUAGCAAACAGUUUUCACGAAAUAACAAACGUUUGGAUAGAACAGCAACAUUUAUUUGUAUUGAACAUUUUCAUACAAACCUUGUUACUCAAACUGCUUUACAUGAUGAAAGAAAAAGGAGUAUAAAACAUAAUUCAUGAAUAGGCAGUAAUACUAUAAAGUUUGUAUCAAAGAACAAGGUAAUGUCAAAUGGCGAGCAGGACAGAAAAAAAAGCAAAGGCAAAACUACUAAAACACUGUCUGGCCCCCACUGGGCAUUCCACCUAACAUUCUUACCUAAAUUAGUCCUCAUGGUUUACAUGCUUCACAUGAAGAAUUUGUGGAUGAUGGCCAUGUGGACACCUGCCAUUUAAUCCAUAAACACGAGGCAGUGUGGUAUGUUGAUCAGGAGGUGGUGGAGCACAUCGUCACCACAGAAGAAAUGGAGAAGACAGCAGAGAAUAGUGCAGUUUAGUAUGGAACUGCAGAACCCAGAGGAAAAUGACACAUCGGUGUCCAUAUUGACUAACAGGGAUACAGCUAAAAUGUAUCUACGUAAAAGCCUUUUUUUUUUUUUUUUAAAUUGUUUUACAGCCUGGUGAAUUUCUAUUGGUAAAGUAUUUUAAAUUUUAGGUGUGUAACAGCAAGGCCACAUCUCCAAUUCUUUUCAGAUUGGCUUUUGAAAUUGUUAGCAGAGUUUCAUUUGAAGAUCUGCAGUUAUGACUGGGAGUGUAAGGGGACAGACAUUCCAAAAUGUAGGACAGGGUGAGAUUAUUUAAGGCUGUGUAAACCAUUACAGUCGAUCUCCUACUUACAAACGGGUUCCAUUCCGUUCUAAGAGAGCUGUUUGUAACUCCAUUUUGUUCAUAAGUCCAGCAUGUAUUGGUAUGUGUGGAUAAGUGUUUUAGUUUCAGGCAUCUCUUGAUUUGGACCUGUAAACAGUUUUUUUUUCAGUAGUUUUUAAUGUGUUUUGAGCAGCUUGCAAGUAUUGUACAUAAAAUAAAGAUUAUAAUAAUAAAAAUAAGAUCUUCCCACCUUUGCUGCCACCACUCGGCAGACAAGCAAAUUAUCCUUAAGUGCUAAUUUUGAUCUUAAGGACAACUUUGUGUAUAUAUAUAUAUAAUGCAAGUUCUAAUCUCAAAAGUUCAUAAGUAGGGGACUAUCUGUUGUCGUAUUUUAAAGUCAAUUCUAAAUUGAACAAGUAACCAAUGUAACAAUGCUUAAACUGGUGAAAUGUGCUCAGAUUUUCUUUUUGUUAAGAUUCUUGCUGCUGCAUUCAGCAGUAACUGUAACUAAUUGGUGUCUAUCUUAGGUAGUCCUAACACACACACACACAUGAAUAAAUAUAUAUGUUCAAAAUA